CCUGAAAGUGGCCCAGGACCAUGGAAGCAUCUGUGCUGAGCCCCACAUCCUGGGAGAAACGAAGGGCCUGGCUACAACAGAGCCGUAACUGGCAAACCCAGGUACUGGAAGAGGAGGCUGCAGCUGCCCUGCAGGAUGCACUGGAUCCCGAGCCUUCCAGCCUAGAUGAUGUUUUCCAGGAAGGGAAUCCACCCAAUAAGAUUGAGGACUGGCUGCAGGGAUGUGGAGACACUGAAGAAGGACUUUCUGAAGAAGCAGGACAACCCAACUGCAAUGGGUUCUCCAGCCACGGGACCAGCUUUGAAGAUGACUUGAGUCUUGGAGCAGAGGCCACAUUAUUGGCCACCAACGGAAACAUCUUUUCCAGGAAUUUCCUCCAGACACCCAGGCCUUGCCGGUUACUUGAUCUUGGCUGUAGUUUGGCUUCCAGCAGCAUGACUGGUGGGACCAACAAAACCAGUUCAAGUAUCUCAGAGAUUUUGGACCAGGUACAGGAAGAUGCAGAAGAUGUCCUCUUCAGCCUGGGCUUUGGCCAUGAGGACCACAAAGAUACAUCUCGUAUCCCUGCAAGAUUUUUCACCAACCCCUCUCAGGCCAAGGGCAUUGACUUCCAGCUCUUCCUGAAAUCUCAGAUGCAGAGAAUUGAGAUGGAGGAUCCCUGCCUGAUGCUGGCCAGCCGGUUUAAGCAAGUGCAAACUCUGGCUGUCACUGCUGAUGCUUUCUUCUGUCUCUACUCUUAUGUGUCUAAAACACCCGUCCAAAAGUUCACACCAUCCAAUAUGUUCUGGAACUGUGACCCAACUGAUGUGCCGUCCAUAAGGAUUCUGGCUCCAGAACCUAAACCUCACUCACCCAGAGAACGUCUUCGGAAGGCAAUCUCUAAAAUGUGCCUGUAUACAGGUUCCCGAGAUCGGCUGUCACCAUCUCACAACCACCACAAAAGGAACAGUUUGGACCAAGUUGUGUGGGAAAUGAUGGACAGAGUGAAAGGAGAAAAGCUAGGUCUCCAGCAAGGCCCUGUACAAGGGCAAGCCACUCAGCAAGAGUCUGUGCCACCACUGAGAAAUACAGAGCUGUCCAGUUGUUCAUUUCCAUAUGUUUUCCACCCUAAAGAAGAAACUCAGGGAGAUGUGUGCUGUGUUCAUGCUCUAGCCAGGGCAGGUCCACAGUGCAGUACAGACUCUGCACAGGUAAGGAGAGAGCUGUGGGGCCUACGGGCCGAUAAUGAGAAGCCAGAGAGUCCAUGGGAAAGAAAAAGCAAAGCAAGAAAGAGCCUAUUUCAAAGUCCUUCCUUGGACAAGAAGACUAAAUCACUGGACUUGUUCACCAUCCAAAAGAAACAAAAACAGAGCCAAGCCAGACAUGUGCUACACCAAUCUCUAACUCAGCAGCUUCAGGAUGCUUCUGACGUGGAGCAGAUACAAAGCCACAGGGAAGAAGAAGCGAAGGAAUGCCACUGGCCCAGCAGAGCCAGACACCCCUACUUCUACCACACUUCCCUUGGAGAAGACUGAAGAAGUAAGUGGGCCUGUGUGUCAGGCUGCAUUUCAAUGUGUGGAUACAUUCUCUCUUCAGUGAAAAUGCAUGAAUAUCCCCAGUGGAACUUAUCCCAUAGUACAAUUAUUUUACUAGUAUGGCAUGUAAUCCAUAGCUGAUUAUUUUUUUAAAAUUCCACAGUUGCAGCUAGAUAAUGCUUUUCUAAGUAAGUGGCAUUCAGACUUAGCAUAUAUCAGAAUAUCCAGACAUUACAAACAUCUGGAUCUCAGUUCAUGGUUUCUUUCUCAGUAGAUCUGAACAGGGACCAUGAACAUGCAUCUCCAACAAGAAUCUGACUCUCAGGUGAUCACCAUUCAAAUGCCACUGUCCCAGAGGACAUUUUGCAGAACCUUAGCAUUAAGAAUGUAUACUAUUAUGAGAAGCUGCUGCUGGAAAUGGAGAAUCAAGGGUCCCACCAGACUUAAUGGAUUACAAUUGGACAAGAUUAGACCAACCUCUCUACUAGGAUAGCAAAGAAAAUAGCAUUAGGUUACCCAUUGUCUUGGAGAUCAUAUCACUUUGUACAGGUAUGUACUCUCUAAUAAACCAUCUACACCAAAAAUUUCCCAAUUAGUAGUCUACAUUUUCAGUGUUAUUUGC